CCGAAACUCCAUCGCUUUUCCCACGACCCUGCUCUGGCUGACUUCUUCCUUUGCACAUUGCUUGGAAGGGUUGCCAUUGGCGGUCAUUCUGAAGGUUGUCGAUAACUUUUGCGCUUAAAACUUUGUUUGCAAAGUUUGGCGCGCCCAUCCACCCGUGCAUCGCAGCCUACAAUCGCCUUUUCUCGCCUGUCGAAGCCGGUCAAUCUUAAUUUCUCCUCACCCAACCACCUCGAGCUGUCGGACACAAAUUUCCCAGCGAAGCUUGGACACUUUCGGCCGCUCUCCAAACAUUCCCCGUUCCCAUUUUGGAUAGUCUCAUCAGUCAACAUCAGUGUCUAUGACAAGCCUCAUCUGACUCACCUAGUGCCAACUCAGUCCGUGGUGCUAGCAAGGCUCCCGUAGCCCCAGCCGACACGAUGCUUCAAUCUACCUCUACGGUCUUUAACCUACAAAAUGCAAACGCCAAUCCCUACGCCUACAUGGAUUACAAGCCGGUCGGGCAGUAUCCAAUGCCUAAAUUUGGCUGGUCUGGCAACGACACCAUCCACGGCGGUGAUUGCCCCAAGGACUCUGAGGCAACCUUGAUGUAUUCCAUCGCCGCGAUUUCUAUUUUAUCCGCACUCAUCUAUUUCCUGAGUGCCCAAAUUCAAAAGAGAUUGCCUCUAUGGCUUCUUCCAUUCGCGCCAGAAGAGCCACCGGCCAAAGUCACUCGCAGACAAUGGACCUAUUGGACAAUGCUCCUCCUUUUGACUGGUGCGUUUGGCUCGACAUUAUCCAUCAUAUCAAUUGUCCUAGCACCACAGAGAUACGUCAACAUUUUAAAUAUGGUGCCAUGGUUCUCCGUGAUGGUUAUUACCAUUGUCCAACGGCCGACCAAGGCCCCCAAGAUUCUGCUCGCUCAAUACUUUCUCAUGCUGCUCACCGACCUCGCCAUCUACUCGGUUCACUUUCUGAACAAAACACUCCGAAUCAUCGACCCAAUCGAUCUUGCGCGCGUUGCACUAUCAUUUGCUGCCAUUUUAAUCAUCAUUCUCAUGCCUCUUAGAAACCCGUCCUGGGAUGAUUCAGACAUUGGCAAUUCUAGCAAGCCACCCUCCUUCCACUCUCGCAGCCCCGAAGACAAUUUGUCUCUAUUCAAGUUCUGGACCAUGAUGUGGGUAAACCCGCUCGCUAAAAUCUCACUUUCUCGCGACAUUGUGGAAGAGGAUGUUUGGCAGCUUCCAUUUGACUUCCAGCAUACCAGGCUGUACAUGGCGUUUAGAGAGCUACAAGGUCGACUACUUACAUGUCUGAUCGAGGCUAAUGGCCUCGAUCUGUUCAUCUCUACAUCCCUGGCAAUCACCGAAAAGGUCCUCGAAGUCACCAAUAUCAGACUGACAAGCAAACUCUACCAAGGUCUGGAUAAGGGUGACCCCACUGAAGCUCUGUACUGGUCUGCUGUCAUGCUCUUUGUCGAUGCUAUCCGCCAGCUUUCUAAAACGACCUCAUCUUGGUACUGUCGCAAGUCGUAUGAGCGAUCCAGAGGUGAGACCUUUAUCGGACUCUUCAGUAAGCUCCUCACCCGAGCCGUUCCAGGAUCAGAUGUGACGGAGAAGGGUCCGCUCGAGGCUCCUACUGAGGACGACGAAGCUCCAGCUAGUAACCCGUUCACAAAACUGUGGCGCCGAAUGUUUCACCGCAAGCAAAAGAUUGAAACUGCUGCUCCUUCUCAGCCCGCAUCCAAUGCCAAAGUUGUCAAUCUCGUUCGUGGAGACACGUACGAAAUCUCUCAACGCUUCUGGGACUUUUCCCGUGUUGUCUCACAGCCUGUCAAAAUCAUAUUCACAAUGUACUACCUCGUCGAUAUCAUGGGCUGGCCAUCUUCUAUCGGCUUUGGCUUAAUGCUGCUCUUCUUCACGGUCAACUCCUUCUUGGUCAAAAAGCUCAUCCGAUUGGAGAGAGAAAGGACUGCCCAUUCGGAUAAGCGAGCACAAGCCGUUGCCCACUUUGUCGAAGCAAGCCGGCCGCUCAAGCUCAAUGGCUGGACUAAGUCAUGGGCAGACCGCAUCAUGAAGUUCCGAGCCAUGGAAAUGUUCAAGCGUCUUCAGAUUGCCUACGUUACUGCAUCUAUUUCGACACUUAACGUCAUGGGUGGCACUACAUACCCCCUCGCCAGUAUUUGUCUGUUCACAAUCAUUCUCAAGAAGGGUCUCCCCAACGAUGUCAUUUGGCCCUCGCUGCAGCUCUUCAGUCAACUGGAAGCCAGUGUCAAGGAAGCAUUUGAUCUCAUUUCUGCAUUCUGGAAAACAACAAUUCCUAUUGAACGUGUACACAAGUACAUGGAUGAACCUGACCGAGAUGUCUCUUCUACACUCUCUGCGGCUGCAAAAGAUAUCACCUUCCACGAUGCCUCCUUCAGCUGGCCCUCGACAGAUUCCAUCGUUCUCAGCGAUAUCAACCUUACCUUUGGUACUGGACUUACGGUCGUCCGAGGCAAGGUCGGGGCUGGAAAGUCUAGUUUAUUGUUGUCCGCCCUCAACGAAAUGGAGCUACGCCAAGGCACAUUGACCGUCCCUGACGAGCCUAUUGCGUACGCUCAGCAGCUACCCUGGUUACAGAACAAGACAAUUCGUGAAAACAUCAUCUUCAACCAUCCAUUUGAUGCUGAAAGAUACAGGCAAGCCAUCACAGCUUGUGCUUUGGCACCGGAUUUGGCUGUCUUCGCCGACGGCGAUCAAUACAAGCUUGAAGAAGGCGGUGUUGGUCUGUCAGGAGGUCAGAAGGCCAGAGUGGCUCUAGCAAGAGCUGUUUAUAGCCCGUGCCGUAUUCUUCUCUUGGAUGAUCCUCUAGCGCCUCUCGAUCAUGAUACCGCAACCGCGAUUGUCCGUCGCUUCCUUCAGGGCGAUCUGGCGAAGGACCGAAUUAUUGUCAUGGUUACGCAUCGAGAUGAUCUGGUUCUGCGUAUUGCUCAGCAAGUUGUAGAUAUCAAGGACGGUCAAACAAAGGUUCUCACCCGUGAGGAAAUUGACGAAGAACUCUUGCACCCAUACCAUGCUGACUCUGCCUCUGGCUCGCAUGAUGAGGCCGAGCACACUCAAAAUGUCAAUGAGGACGACAUCAGUGGAAUCAAGGAAGCUCCCGAGGAACCAUCUGAAACUGGUGGUGUCUCAUGGACUGUUUACAUCAGCUACAUGGCUGCAGGUGGAUGGCAUCUCUGGCUUCUGCUUGCUGCUGCUUAUGGUGUAUCACGAUUCUGCGACGUCGCUCGUGCCCGUCUAUUAGAGGCCUGGGGAAGCAACACCGCCGGUGUUGGUGGAGGUGGCUACUGGGGACUCCCAGACAGCGACCUUUACCCGCAGUCCUGGAUCUUGGCUCUCGCUGGUCUCUCUGCCGGUCAAAUCAUAUCGUAUGGUAUCGCCCAGGUGCUUCUAGCUCAAAUCAGUGUCAAUGCAGCUCAACAGCUCUUCAAGAUUGCCGUUGAUAAAGUUAGCCAAGCGACAUUCCGUUACCAGGAUAUUACCCCGACUGGCCAGCUUAAGAAUCGUCUUAUCUCCGACAUGGGUAUGGUUGAUGGUGGCAUCCUUGCGCCGCUUGAAGGCUUCGUUUUCAACUUGAUUUCUCUCAUCAUGAGCAUCGUUGCCAUUGCUACCCACCAGCCUAUUCUUCUGGUCAUCAUUUUUGUCGUCGCUUGCAUGUUCAUGUUCUUCUUCCGCACCUACGUUCCUGCCUCUCGUUGCCUUCGCCGCAUGGAGAUGCGAUACCUCACACCCAUCAUUGCCAACAUUGGUGUUAUGCAGGAUGGUCUAGUUACCAUCCGCGCCAUGCGCGGCUCCCACCACUUCCAAGAUCGUCAUCUUCAAGCCGUUGAUGACUUCCAGAAGCAGGAUCAUUUCUUCUGGAGCAUGGCCUUUUGGCUUGAUUUCCGUCUCUCUAUGUCUUCGGCCAUUAUGCGCGCAGCUCUUGUUGUGCUCAUGGUUUAUCUUCAAACCGCUGCCGCAGCUGUUGGUUUCGUUCUCACCCAGACGACGAUCGCCAUGGCUGCUGUUCAGCAGCUCUGUGAACGAUUUGCUCAGCUUCAGCUUGAUGCCGUGUCCCUUGAGCGUGUCAACAUGCUUAAUCGCAUCCCUGCUGAGCCUCAGGGAGGCGAAGAGCCACCUGAGGAUUGGCCAAGACCUUGUGAUGAUGUAACGUUUGAGGAAAUGUCAUUCCGCUAUGAUGAUGGUCUUCCAUCGGUUCUGGACAAGAUCACCUUGACCAUUCCAGGCGGCUCAACAUGCGCUGUCCUUGGUCGCACUGGAUCCGGGAAAUCUACCAUUGCGAACGCACUUCUUGCCACACAGUUACCCCACAACGGCACUGUCAAGAUCGGCUCGAUGGAUCUCUCCAAGAUCGACCGUACUGCUCUCCGAAACCGUGUCACGUUUAUUCAGCAGGACCCUAUCCUCUUCCCAGGAACCCUUCGAGACAAUCUUGACCCAGAAGGCAAGUUCUCUGAUGAGGCUUGUGAGAACGCGAUCCACCGGGUUCUUGGUCCUGAAUGGAGCUUGAAUUCUGGUAUUGAUGCUGGUGGCAAGAAUCUCAGUCAAGGUCAGCGCCAAUUGGUUGGCAUUGGUCGUGCGGUUCUUCGCCGAAGCGGCUUGGUUAUUCUAGACGAAGCAACGGCGUCUAUCGAUCGCGGAACUGCCGCCAUGGUGCAACGAAUUCUCCGCGAGGAGUUGGCGCAAAGUACCGUGAUAACAAUUGCCCACAGGCUGGAAGCUGUUGAAGACGCCUCUUGGAUGCUGAGACUGGAGAGAGGGCACGUUCUUGAGAAUGGCCCAGCGAAGAAUCUCAACUCCAAGUAAGAGUGUAGUAUUUAUUGGUGGAGUGGUUUGGAUAAUUUCCUUUGGAUACAAUCUUUGUGCAUUUGUACUGUACAUAAUUUGGUUAAUAUAGAAAAAAAACUUCUAUCAUUUCUUUUUCAACAGUUUCGAUUGGACACUGAUUAUACUCUAUCAAAUACACCAACACAAUUCAUGGAAAACUUCGGACAGUUUAAAUCAGGCUGUGAGCAGCUGUGUCUGCAGGCGG